UAUAAUCUCAAGGCAGAACUGCUGAGAGCUUAGAGUGAGUUACACUGUGCACAAGAUACUAGGAAAUCAGGCACGUGGGAACAUGUCUGGAAAACCAAGACUGUACUACUUCAAUGGACGAGGCCGAAUGGAACCAAUUCGGUGGCUACUGGCAGCAGCUGGGGUUGAGUUUGAAGAAUCUUACCUGGAAAAAAACGAGGAUCUGAUAAAAUUACGGAACGAUGGAUCCCUGCUCUUUCAGCAAGUGCCAAUGGUAGAGAUGGAUGGGAUGAAGCUGGUGCAGACCAGAGCCAUUGCCAACUACAUAGCAACGAAGUACAACCUCUACGGGAAGGACCUGAAGGAGAGAGUCCUAAUUGAUAUGUACGUGGAAGGAAUGUUCGAUCUGAAUGAGUUACUCAUGAAACAUGGCUACCUACCAGCACAUGAAAGGAAGCAAGAUUUUGCAAAUAUGAUUGACAAGACUGAAAACAGAUACUUCCCAGUCUUUGAGAAGGUUUUGAAAGACCAUGGGAAAGACUUUCUGGUUGGCAACCAGCUGAGCAGGGCAGAUGUUCAGUUACUUGAAAUCAUUUUAAUGGCAGAGGAGUGGAAGCCUGAUAUACUUGCCAAAUUUCCUCUCUUGCAGAGCUUCAAGGCAAGAAUAAGCAAUAUCCCCACGAUAAAGAAAUUCCUGCAACCUGGCAGCCAAAGGAAAUCACUACCAGAUAAGGAUGAUGUGGACAAAGUGAUGAAAAUUUUUUACCCCUGAGCAGCACUGUAAAGCCACAGAAAGCCCCUUUCAUUGUGUUUCCUGAUAGUGGGACAAUAAUGAAAGCAAUGAAAAGCAUGUUUUUUGAUCCUACCAGCAAUGGAAAUACUUCCCUGAUUAGGGGGGAUAUUGGACAGCACAGGAUGCCUUAAAUAACUAAAGAGAAUACCUGAAAUAAAGUCUUACUCUCAGUACUCAAAA